GCUGCAGUGAAGACAGGGUGGAGGACAGACCGCUGAUCAGUCAGUACUGCAAAGAAGCGACGAGUGAGGAGCUUCAAAAUACGGCGAUUAACAAAACAAAUGAGGAUGCAUCUUUUAAUGAUGUGCGCCUUUAUGGCGAUGGCUGCUGCUCAGCCCCUUUGUGACCCAGAGACUCAGUAUGAGAAGAAUGGGCAGUGCUGCAAGAUGUGUGGACCAGGCAACAGAAUGUCCACCACCGGCACAUGUGAUGAACCUCAGUGUGUGGAAUGUGGGGAAGACGAAUACCAGGAAUCAUACACAACUGCCGUCAAGUGUAAACGUCAGCCGUACUGUGACCCAAAUAAAAACUUUGAGCGUGCCACCCAUGCCAGCAAGAAGAAAAAAACCAUCUGUACUUGUAAACUGGGAUUUCACUGCUCCAGUAUAGAAUGUAUUACCUGUGUGUCACACACUGUUUGUCUACCAGGAGAAGGCGCUGAAGUCAUAGGCAAUCAUGCAAAGGACACAGUAUGUGAGAAAUGCCCUGAACACACAUUUUCAAGUGAGAGCUCAUGGGACAGUGUCUGCCAGAGACACAAGAAGUGUGAGAAUGACGAACAAGUUAAAAAGGCUGGAACAGCAACAUCUGACACAAUCUGUGAGAAACACCCAAGAUUGCAUGGACUGGUGAUUGGGAUUGUGAUCGGGGUUUUGGUGGUUUCGGUGCUGAUAGUGGUAGUGUUCAUGUGUUACAAAGGUAAACAAGGACACUCUGAAGGAAGCUAUAAGCACUGUUUUAAACUAUGUUUCAAAGAAGAAAAAGUGGAACUGACAAGGGUCAAAGUAUUAGCAAACCCAACUGAUGAGGAGGAGGUCACGUCGCAGGAGGAACCACUCGUAAGCACACCGGAGGAGAACGAUGACGGGUCGACAGAUGUCGGGUUCACCGCAAACGGACAGCGUGUGCAGCAGGACUCGAAAACAGAGCAGCUUUCUCAAGAGGAAUCACAAAUGCAGACAUUAGAGACUCAAAUGGACUCUCAUCAAGGUCCCAUGGUUGGGUCACCGUGAUCCCAGAAUUAAAAAAUACUCAGAUCCAGUUCUGAAAAAAAUCCAAGAAACCGGAAACCCCUUUUCAUUACAACAGCAGCUAAAGUACAGAGGAUGCAGGAGUCAUUCCCCUUCUACACACUUGAGUUGUGAAAUAGACAUUUUUCUUUAAAGCCUCAUUUUUCUUCCACCAAUACAGAGAUUGUAUCUUUUAUGUCUUUUUUUUUUUUUUUUCGAUUUAUUAUGGGCUGGGGAUGAGAGAGUGGGACAUAACGUGGGGUCUUUCCCCACUCUCUUUAACCUGGGCCGCCUACAUGCAUGGGGCAUGAUGUAACCACUAGGCCACAUUUGCCCCAGUUUCAUCAUUUUAAAGCACAAAGAACAGAAGGCUACGAAAGUGUUGAAUGUUUUGAAAAUCUUGUGUCGUAUUUAUGAAAAUAAGCUUCUCACUUGUUUUGUCAUGCCCCACUUUGAAAUGUACAGUUGCGUUGUAAAUACAAAAUUGUGAUGAACCACGAGUGAAAGGUUAUUUAAACAGUGGCAUACAACACUACGAUGAAAGACUGCAUAGUUUUAGAGAGCAUGUUUAAGUUUUGAAUUACGUUUUAACUUUGUGAAAAUCUGUGUUGAUUUAGCUGUGAACUUUUCUGCAUGUUAAUGACAAACAUUCCUCCAUUUUUUUUACUUGUGACGCUUGUGGUGUCGGCUAGCGCUGUUUGGUGCACUUAUUUUGAAAUUUAUGUUCAUCCAUAAAUUGGAGUGGUUAAGUGUUUCUGCAGUGGUUCUAAGCUCGAUGAGGAGGUGAAAAGGAAAAAAAAUAACUGAUAACAAUGCUCUGCAACCCAUCAGUGGGACACAGCUUGUUUUGAGACAAUCCUCUGUGGAGACAGCAUGUAAAUACUGCAUUAAAAUGUGUGAUACUUGAAUUUUAAA